CGUGACGAUACAUAAUGGCGAUAAUUUCCAUUAAAACGCGAAGUAAUCCACCAAACUUUACUCAUUUUUUCACGAAAACUAUUAAUUUGCGAGUAUAAUUUUCCAUAUCAGUUCGUUUUUAUUGUUUUUUUUUUUUUACAUAUCGUAUAUCCGGCUUCGCCAUAAGUGACCGGAUAUCCUGUAUUUAUUUAUUUUAAUAAAUCACUUUAUUUAAAUUAUCGAUUAAUUAUAACUGACUAAUAGAAUAAUUGUUGAUUUGGAGAUGAUCAAAAUAACAGUUUAUUUUAUAAUGAGUAAUCUAAUAAUGGAAAUGUGAUCCACAAUAGCAUUAGAGCAAUGUGGAGGGGGAAAAAAAAGGUUCUCAGUGUCGCACGAUAUUGCGUCAUCUACUGUUAGUCGGAAAGUUGAAAGUUUCUAACGUGAUACUGUUUAGUGGUGUUAUUUAACAACAUCCAGUAGAUUACAUACAAAAAAUUAUUAUUCAUAUCCAAAUAUCUUAUAACUCAUUAUAAGAUUAUUAAGUUAUUGAUUAAUUAAUAAUGUUUAAUCCAAUGCAAACGGAUUAUUAUCGGUUUUGUAAAGCAGUGCGAAAGGGAAAUAAACUUGCAGCACAGAAUUUGAUUCUCAAUGAUGCUGUUCUGAACAUUCUCAAGGAAAGAAACGAAACGCUUCUUCAUGUCGCAGUUAACAAAGCUUCCGUUGAAAUGACUAAAAAUCUCAUAAAACAUGGAGCUAAUAUUAAUAUUUUAGAUGAAAAUCAUAAAACUGCUUUAAAAAGAGCUUGGACGACUAUAUCACAUUAUCAACGUGAACUUGACCAAUACAUCUAUAAUUGGGGAAAGAAUUUUGGUUAUGAAGACUGCUGUGCAAAUAUUAUACGUAAUAAAAAAAUAAUAGAAAUUCUACAGAUACAUGUAGUUAAGUUAUGUGUUGCUAAACUUGAAGUAAAUAAUGGAAAUUUUAAUUAUUUAAUACCGUGUCAACAUUUUAUAGAAAAUGAAUUAGAGCAAACAAUUGACAUAAAACAUUUUGAAAAACAAUGUGUAAAAGAAGUUGAACAACUGAAAACAGAAUUUAUUGAUACAAUUAGUUUUUAUGAUUUACUAACAAGACGGAAUUAUUUUCCAAUGAGAUUUGUUAAAAAUGAAGAGGUUGAAAAAACCUUGAAUAAUGAAAUUUGGAAUACAAAAUUUCCAUUGUAUAUAGAUAUCAUCAGAAAUCGUUUUCAAAAAAUAAAAAUUCAAAAAAGACUGCAGAAUCCUGCUAAAAUAUUUUUUAGAAAUCAUAUCAGCAAAGAGUUACCCAACGAAUGCAUUGAUAUGAUAUUUAGUAAUUUCAAUAUUGAAGAGUUGAGCAUGUUCGUCCGAAGUUAUAAAACUAUAGAUAAAAAAAGGAAAAAAAAAUAAUGAAAUUAAUGAAAAGAUCUGGACUCCUAUCAAAAACAGCUUACUACAUCACUUCAGAUUUUUGGUUCAUGGUUUUCCUGAAGAAUAAGCACAAAUGUGGAUGUAGUUGAGAAAAAAAUCAGUUUCAAUGGCAACCGUAGCUUUUUAGUUUAGUUUUGAUGAAUGGAUUACAAUGUUAACAAUAAAUAUGAUGCAGAAAUUAAAAGGAUAUUUUCUGUUUAACUUCUUCAAAUGAUGUUCAGAAAAUUAAAGAU